CCUCGAGGUGCUGCUACUGGAGACUCAAAAGAAAGCUGGUCUCCCGGUGAUGUUGCCGCACGAACCCUCGGCUCGUCGCGAAACACCGCCCUUGCCUCGCCGACCUGAUCCAGAUCCGCUUUUGAUCAACAAUCCAUGGAGUUCUGACAGUGAUCUUUCCGAUCUAUCCCCUGUUGAGGACGAGUACGCUAAAGUGGAUAAGUCGAGGCGAUGUGAAGCGCCCGACCUUGGAGACGUUACUGAGCCUGCUGCGGACGAAGCUAAACCUGUGUCAGCUUCGCCUCACGUGUCACAAGUCCCGCCUCACGUUACGCAGGCCCCGCCCCACGUGACGCAGGCCCCACCCCACGUGACGCAGGCCCCACCCCACGUGACACAGGCUCCAGCUCUCGCGUCAGCUAUCACCACUUCGCAUGCUAUUUAUGCGUCUAUCGGACCUCACACCAGUCAUUCUUCUGCAACACUGAAUAAUCACCAGGAUACUCAGUCUACGUGUUCGGUGUUGGGUGGGGGCUCGGUGAGCAGCGUGGGCGGGUCGAGCGGGGCGGCGGGGCUCAGCCAAUCGUCGCUGGGCGCGUCCCGCGAGCUGGACGCCGCCGUGCCGCGCGGUGCGUUGCUGGACACGUCGGCGCACCGCGCGCGCACCGAAAUCGCGCGGCACCGACACGCCGCGCACUCGCCCCACUCACCGCACUCGCUCAGCAAUGCUAGCUCCUACGACGGUCUCGACGACUCAUAUAACGACUCAGCGGACGAGUCGCUAAGCGAGUCUACCUCAGGUGGACCGCCUCAUAUUGGACAGCAUCGCGACACCCGUCAGAGUUGUGGCAGUUCCGUAGGCAGCGCGACUGAUGAUGCCGUGUACUCCAGGGACCUCAGGCAUCAUCCUCUCACUGGUGCCAGUGCGUCGCUGGCGGAGCAGCUCAAGCAGGUGCUGGCGGAGCGCGAGCGGCGUCUGGCGGCGGGCGCGGGGCCGGCCGCGGGGGGCGCGGGCCUGGGGGGCGCGGGCCUAGGGGGCGCGGGCUCGCCGCUGUCGCAGGCGUCGCCGCCCGUGCCGGACGCCGUGCAGCUCACCAACGAGCUGGUGGACGAGAUCCGCCAAGCCGUCAGCGAGGCCAACGCCCGAGUAAAGAAAGCUCCGGCGUGUGUAGUCGGCGGCGAGGUGCCGUGGCAACCGCUGUCGGCCGCCGUGUCCGAGGCCAGCCUCACGCCGCCCCCACACGCACACGCACAGCCCGUCACGCACUGGACCAAGCAGCAGGUGUGGCAGUGGGUGUCAGGGCUAGGCGAGGGGUUGGAGCGCCACGCGGGCGCCUUCGCGGCGCGCGGCGUGGACGGAGCUCUACUGCUGGCGCUGAGCUCCGCGGACCUGAAACUGCUGGGGCUGGGCGGGGACGACCGCCGCCGCAUGAAGCGACGCCUCAAGGACUUACGAUCCGCGCACGAAAAACACCUCAAAGCCCUUAAGAAAGCCGAGAAAAAAGCCAAGAAGAAGUAAAUCUAUCACACGGCUCUGACAUGCCAUCACCAAAGAAUGAGUCAGUUCACAUGAACUUACCAACUCUUACUGCUGUGCAAAACAAUUCGUAUACAUUACGUGUCAUUUAAUAUGACAGAGAUAGAUGUUUGCACACUUUAAAUUCUACGUUUUUUCGUGACUGCAUUUCCUUUAAAUUUUAAAUAUUUACGCUUCAUGUGAACUGCCUCUGUUUCUCAACUAUGUUUAUUUUUCUAUGGCAAUUAUUUAUGGCAUCUAUAAGAAUGAAUGAAAUAUAAUUAUCUAUAAAAGGUUGACCUAAUUUUUGUAUAAAUUAUCUAGAAUUUCCGACUCGUAUUCAACUUUCCUUUCUUGCCUUUUCUUUGUGUUUGGAAGUUCGAAAGCGUGUAGUUACAUUCUAAGAUAUUAUUAAAAAGUAGGUAAUGAUAUGAAAUAUGUUCAUGUGACUGAAGCUCGCGAUGGUAUUGGUGGUGGGUAUAAAGCUGUGUCUGAUAGCAUACAGAGUGCCAUCUGACCCAUAGCUUAGAGACUAGUGACAUUAGUGCUGCUUCAAACGAAGAAACGAAUAUUAUUAAUCGAAAAUUAGACCUAAGUGAAUGUGGGACAGGACAAGUAGAACUCAUUUAUCUAGACUGUCUAUUGUAAUCUAUUUCCAUACUAUAUUCGACAGCCGUUUUGUUGGUUUCUUCAUCGUUCCUACAAUUUUGUAUUAAUUGCGUCAGUUUUUCUGGAAGUUCGAGAUCAUGCUGUGGACUGUAGGAAAAAAAUACUGGCUCAAUCUAGUCAAUAAGAUGAAUUAGAUGUUCUAAAGUCAUGAAAUAUAACAAUUUUUUCUUAGAAAUUUUGAAGUAUUUAAUAUUAGAAAAUAACUUUCUCGUAUGUAAUUAUCACCAAUAUAAUUAUAAUAAUGAGAUUGUAAUGCAGUAAUUUAUUUACGUUCGUGGCCAAUGCAAUGCAAACUGAUUUUGAUAAUCCUUGGCAUUUAUUUAUAAUUACGAAUUAUAUUGCACAAAAUGUACUUAGUGAUACGGUGACUGAUUAUAUUCUAUUGCGUCGCCAGCGUUUAGUAUAUUUUAAAUUGUAUAGUGAAGUAACAUUCAUGAAACAUAUUGUGAUCUCAUGUCAUGUAAGAGUACCGGAUUAUCUUCCCAGCCCAUGUCAUAAUAUUUAUUCGAAACAGUUACUAUCUUGUGAAUUCUUAUGAAAUGCAAUCUUCACGAUUUAUUAUACAUUCCAGUAAAUUACUAUUUCUACUUAUAUACAUAGUUGUUUCCGUGUGGAGUUUUAAUCGUUUAGAUGAGCUUUAUAGUUUUUCUUAGGCGACAUACAUUAUGGUUUAUCUAAUCUAACAAGUAAGUGUUACUGUCUGUGUAUUCAUGUGCGUCAUUUGGUUCCAUGCCCCAUCAUGUAAUCAUGUAAAUAUAGUUUCGAGUAGAUAAUGUGGAUACUACCAGAGUGAGCUUGAAAUCAUACUGUGUGACUGGAUGUGCGUUACGCAUUUAGAAUAUUUAUUUCAUUUAAGGUUUAAUAAUAAGUAGAGUCCAUUGCCAAAAUUGAUCAGUACUUUUGUGUUAUGUUGUUGUUUUUUUUUUAAUUUACAGUUUCCUUUAAUUAUUUUAAUAUAAUAUUUAUUUCGGGACCAAAUUAAUUUAUUAUGAACUUAAUUAUGUAUUUGGGUGUGUGUUCAAGAGAUUUUUUUAUUUAUAAUUUAAUAAACAAACCAAAGUCUACAUCACAUUGUUUUUUACUGUGUUCUUGUGUAUCAUGUACAUUUUGUGAGAAGACAAUGAAAAUAUAAUCCUCCAUUGUAGAUGUGAGUUUUCUUGCUGCUACUAUUAAUGCAUGAAAUCUUAUCCAUAGAAAAUAUUGCAUUGAGGACCCAAAAUUCAAAUGAUAAUAAAUAAAAUACAAAUAGUAUAACAUCAAAUAUUAAAUUUAAUCAUCAGGUUUAAGAGUCUUCUUAGUCUUUUUGUUACGUUUUCUUUUCUUGAAUUUCUUUGCUGGUGGUGGUGUGACUUCUUCAGUAUCUUCUUCAUUAUCAUCUUUGUCAUCGUCACCAUAACUUAUGGUGACAAAAGCUCCAGGUUUUCUCUUUGAAGGGGGAGGACUGACUUCCUCAGCCUCAUCAGAAUCCUCAUUGUCCUCACUUGCUGCUUUCUCUUCUGUUUCUUCUUCAUCAGACUUAUCUUCCUUUUUAAUAAGAUGGCUUUGCCUAUUCAAGGUGACACAAGUUACCCUACAUGAAGCAUUGCAGGAACAAAGCUCAUCUAAUCUAGAAUCAUCGACUGACCAGACCUUCAGCUCUCCUGAACUAGAAGCUGAAUAUAACAUUUCAUUUUCAUAAUGCAGUGAUUUUACUCUCUGUUUGUGUGCUUUAUAAGUGAGAGCUUGAGUAUCAGAUACAGUCAGAGUAAUUAUAUUGCCAUUUUCUAAUCCUACAUAUAUCCUCUCAUCAGUCAACCACUGCACAGAUGUUGGUUUUGAGUUGCAAGUUAUUCGUUUUUCUACACCUGCUUUACUUAUUGUCCAUACAUCAACAGUUUGUUGAGAUACUAAUGAAAAUCUGUCUCCUCCUGGAGAAAACUUAAUUUCUGUUGGUAAUAAGACGCCUUUGCUAGCAAGGUUGAUAGUGAAUGCAGGACGACCUUUGAUCAAAUUCCAUGUUCUAAGAGUUUUGUCACCACCUACACUAAGCGCAAGUUUAUCUGAUGGAUGUACAGCAAUAGCUGUGACUGGCUGACCUGAAACAAAAGUGAGUAAAUAAAUAAUCAUAAAAAUAUGGCCUAUUGUUAAACUGAUUACAAAUAAAUAGUACUACCUACCUCCGUGUGCUUUCUUCCAUAUCUUUUCUAUUUGCCAGUUGCCUGUCCUGGUUACAAUUAUUGUACCGUCAUCACUGCCAGUUAGUAGAUGUGUACCGCCGUUAGUGAAAGCGACUGUAUUUAUAGUUCCAUCGUGGUUCAUUAAGACUGUGUGCUCUUUACGAGUUUUCAUGUCGAUAACUACUACUUUAUCAUCGGUACCACCCGAUGCAAGGAAUUUUCCUCCUAUAGACAUACAUCGCACUGAUGCCGUAUGUGAAUGAGUAGCAAACGUUUGUUU